GGUUGCAGCAACUAGGAAUGUGGUCAUUCAGCAAAGGGAGGGAAACCUCUCCUCUAAACCGCCUCAACGACGCACUUUGUUCAGGCUUUGUUUUCGCAUCGCCUCCACACCUGCAGAGGAGGGAGGAGUCCGGACGGGAGCGUGGAGGAUAAAAGCGCAAAGUGGAGAUGCAGUGAAGCUCCUGCUGCUGCUGAGUCGAGGUUAAGAGCUCAACAUGGGGAACUGGAUAAUCAACAAUGGACUUUCAUCCUUCAUACUGGUGGUCUGGAUGGGCAUCAACAUCGUCCUAUUCGCCUGGUUUUACCAAUUCUACGAUUUGGGGGAUCAGUAUUUCUACACGCGUCAUCUUCUAGGGUCUGCCUUGGCCUGGGCCAGAGCUCCUGCAGCUGUCCUCAACUUUAACUGCUUGCUGAUCCUCCUCCCGGUGUGCAGGAACCUGCUGUCGCUGCUCCGAGGCUCCUUUGUGUGUUGUGGCAGAACAAUGAGAAAACAACUGGACAAAAAUCUGAGUUUCCACAAGCUGGUGGCGUACAUGAUCGCUCUGAUGACAGCCGUUCACCUGAUCGCCCAUCUGCUCAACGUGGAGUGGUACAACAACAGCAGACGAGGAGGAUAUGAUGAACUCAGCACUGCUCUGUCCAACCUGGCAGACUCCGGACCAAACUCCACCUACCUGAACCCCAUCCGCAGCACAGAUAUUGAUGCGCAGCAGACCCCAACAUACUUUGUCUUCACCACCAUCGCUGGCCUCACAGGGGUCAUCAUCACUCUGGCCCUCAUCCUCAUCAUCACCUCCUCCAUGGAGGUCAUCAGACGCAGCUACUUCGAAGUCUUCUGGUACACCCACCAUCUCUUCGUCAUCUUCUUUGCUGGUCUCGUGUUUCACGGAGCCGGAUUCAUUGUGAGGAAGCAACUGACAACAGAUCCGGUGCACAACUUAACCUUCUGUAAAGAUCGAUUUGAUGAUUGGGGAUGGAUUCCUGAGUGUCCCGUCCCUCAGUUUGGAGGAGGGCCAGCACAGACCUGGUGGUGGGUGAUCGGUCCAAUGGUCCUGUACAUCUGUGAACGUGUGCUGCGUUUCAUUCGUUACACGCAGGCAGUCACAUACAGAAAGAUUGUGAUGCAUCCAUCCAAGGUGCUGGAGCUGCAGCUGAUGAAGGACGGUUUCAAAAUGGAGGUGGGCCAAUACGUCUUCCUCAACUGCCCGGCCAUCUCCCAGCUGGAGUGGCACCCGUUCACCAUGACCUCCGCCCCCGAGGAGGACUUCUUCGCCGUCCACAUCCGCUCGGCCGGGGACUGGACUGACAAACUCAUUGACAUCAUGCAGCAGCUACCAGAGGGAACACAGGGACCCAAAAUGGGUGUGGACGGACCCUUUGGCACUGCCAGCGAGGACGUUUUCGACUAUGAGGUCAGCAUGCUGGUCGGUGCCGGCAUCGGAGUCACUCCCUUCGCUUCCAUCCUCAAGUCCAUCUGGUACAAGUUCAAAAUCUCCAACCCUAAACUGCGCACCAGGAAGAUCUACUUCUAUUGGAUCUGCCGGGAAACACACGCCUUUGAGUGGUUCGCCGACCUCCUGCAGGUGCUGGAGAGAGAGAUGGAGGAGCGAGGAAUGGCGGACUUCCUCACCUACAAACUCUAUCUGACCGGAUGGGAUCAAGGCCAUGCUACUCAUGCCUGGGUUCACUCUGAUGAGGACACCGACGUGGUCACUGGGCUCAAACAGAAAACUCACUAUGGCAGACCCGUCUGGGACAAGGAGUUCGAACAAGUCCGCAAGGAAAACCCCACGUCUGUGGUGGGAACUUUCUUGUGUGGCCCUGCAGUUCUGGCUAAAGUCUUGUCAAAGAAAUGUGCCAAAUACUCAGAUGUGGAUCCCCGGAAGACCAAAUUUUACUUCAACAAGGAGAAUUUCUGAGUGGAAAAAACAAACAAGGAAGCAUAAUUUGGGUGUUUUAAGGGCAACAGUUUCUGUAUUAUUGUAAGACAACAAAUGAGAAAGCUGCCUGGCAACCUGUGGCAAUAGUUGGGUGUGUUUGACAAAGAGGCAGGAUAUGUUGUUCAUCUGCACUACUCAGGGACUAACUUCUUUUUAUCAAUGAUGAAACCAUUGAUAGAUGGAGUUUCCACUAUGAAUCAUUGUUGAUACAGUCAAACACACUCAGAUAUUCUCUCAUUGCAUCACCAGUUUUAAGAUGUACUUAAGGUGAAGCCUGCGACUAUAGAUGAGGAAAUAUUUUACUGUUACAAGACAUCAGGACCUCAAACCUUUAGUCUCUAUAGUACACUUAACACGUCAGGUGGUUUUUUGCAUAAGGAUUCAUGUUGUAAUUUAGAAUUUACUACUAUAGCCGCUCUGCAAGCAGCAAUCAUUUCCAUUCGUCAAUAAUCUUCCUGAUAGUUUUUAGUGCGAAUGUCAGAAAAAGUUUCUUGGAUCCCAAGUUUCAGUUUACCAUCGCGUACAAACGACAAAGAAAAGCAGAAAAUGAUUAUAAUUUAAGAAGCUGGAGGCGGUGGAUUUGGGGAAUUUUUCUUGACUAAAAUAGAACUUUUAAAUCAAUUAUCAAAAUUGUUGAUUAAUGUUCUGUUGAUGGACUAAUCGUUUUAGCUUGAAAUCAGCAUAUUUCAUCUUUCUUCAGAAUUUGCCUGCAAACACUAAAUAAAAUGUGUUCUUGAACUUUGACUUUUCUGAAUCUGUUAAGGAAAUGGGUUUCUUGGAAACAGGCUUGUUUAUUAUACGCUGGCAUUUCCUUAUCGGUGAUAAGACGAUAAAAGUAAACCGGGAGGAAGACUUCCUGUCACGUAGCCUGUGGGUUAAUUAUCCUCCAAGACCUGGAUGGACUUAUUGCUUUUAUUUCACAUUUUGCUAUUUUUAAUCCCUUUUCAUGUGUAAAACUCCAAACUCACUAUAAAUAAAUGAAUGUAACAUUG